AUGGCUGUGGAUGUGCCUGUCCUACGUGACUCGUUCGACCCAUGGGGCUCGCACGAGAAGGAGGAUGACGAUAAUGGCCGCUGCAAAGCGUGCGCCAGGAUGUCCAGGGCCAGGGCUGCGGCACACCUCCCUAUGCACCAUGAUCUACCAUCACACGUUCCCGCAUUGGACGUUCUCAACACAAGCACAAUGCCCCCUGCCCUUCAGUCUCGCGACCUAGACGACGGCUGCGCCGAUGCUGCUCCCGAAUUGCUCCAAGAGCUCAAACACGAUGGUUCCAUCCUCGCGCUCGCAGUGUCGGACGAGCACAUAUUCGCCGGUACAAGCAAGGGCGAGAUCGUGGUCUGGUCUCUAGGUACCUACCAACUCGUCCAAACAAUACAGGCGCACAAGCGGAGUGUCCUCUGCCUUCUCCUUAGCAGCGACAACAAAUAUCUCUUCUCGACCGCCUGCGAGCCCAUCAUCAACGUGUGGUGCCCCAAGACCUUCAAUCGCAUCUUCGAAAUCUACAGCACCUACGACGUGGGCGAUGUCUUCAGCGUUGCUUACUCGGCGCAGCACGAGACACUGUACUUGGGGACACAGACGCAGGACAUACAAUGGGUCAGCCUCAAUGACGCCAGUCGGAAGGUGUCGCACGAUUCGGCGGAUCACCCGGACAAACGGCAGCACCGUUUUUUCGACUCGCGCGCCGUCGGGGGGACGUCGACUCCCCGGCGCAUGGAGGAGCACUAUGCCCUUAUCCCCCGAGCGCAGACGGUGCUGGAAAUCGACCCGGGCGCCAUUCGACAAUAUGCGCACUACGGCUGGGUCUUUUGCAUGACCAUUGCGAAAAGCCCUACCGUGCUUGUCGACCCCGACGAGGAGGUCUUGGUUUCGGGUGGUGGGGACGGUACGACCAAGCUCUGGAGGCUGCACGACGACGGUCCGGAGGGAGAUGACGGCGAAAAGGUCAAGGGGGACAUUGAAGAGCUCAUGGUGCUAGGCGAAGAUGAUAGCGAGUCUGUCAUGUCUCUGGUGAUUGACGGGUCGUUUCUGUACGCUGGAAAGCUUCGGGGCAUCAUUGAACUGUGGGAUCUCGACACCAAGCAGAAAUUGAGGGUGAUCAAGGCGCACGACGGGAACGUCAACACGCUGAGGAUGAGGUUCGGCCUGCUUUGGAGUGCUGGAACUGGCGGGUCGGCAUCGAAACACAGCACAGUCCAUUACGGGAGGGACGCGAACGGUGGUUCGCAAAAUGUCAACCAGAAGUACCAGUGCCUGAACAGAUGGAAGGCACACGACGCCAAGAUUCUUUCCUCAGCCGUUGCAGUCCACCAAAACGACCAACUCUUCAUUACUGGGGCCAACGACAACGAAGUUAGGGUCUGGCGCGUCAAUGGCAUGCCAACGCAGGCUGAUGACGGAUCUGACAUACCAGAGGACAUGAUGAUAACGUCUCUUCGGGAGUUUGUGUCGUUCAAGACAGUGUCGGCCCGCCCCGAGUUUACAGAAGACUGCCGAAAGGGAGCCACGUUCCUAGGCUCGCUGUUUAAACGCCUAGGCGCUCAGGUGGAGAUGCUCAGCACCGACGGACUUCACAAUCCCGUGGUGUACGCCAAGUUUAGUGGCAAACUCGAGCCUGUAGAAAAGAGGAAGCGCGUUCUCUUUUAUGGCCACUACGAUGUGGUCCCUGCUGAUCUCAAGGGUGGCAACUGGCAGACAGACCCGUUCAAACUUGUGGGGCAGAACGGCUACCUAUAUGGCCGCGGCGUCAGCGACAACAAGGGCCCCAUCAUUGCCGCCCUGUACGCAGUGAGCGAUUUGUUACAGGCCAAAGCUCUCGACUCUGACAUCAUCUUCCUGAUCGAAGGCGAGGAAGAAUCAGGGUCACGAGGAUUCCAGGACACGAUCCACAAGCACAAGAAUCUCGUUGGACACAUCGACUAUGUUCUGCUGGCCAACAGCUACUGGCUAGAUGACGAGGUUCCUUGCCUGACGUACGGGCUUCGCGGCGUUCUGCAUGCCACCGUCUGUAUCGACUCGAAGCACCCUGACCUGCACUCGGGGGUUGACGGGAGUAGUAUGCUUUCGGAACCACUGAGCGAGCUCACGUUGCUGCUCAGCAAAGUGAAAGACCGCAAAAACCACGUCAAUCUUCCGGGCUUCUACGACGGGAUUCUGCCUGUCACGCAAGAGGAAGAGCUGCGGUAUGACGAUAUUGCCAGCAUCCUAAUGAGACGAAACCCCGCGAACGGUCCAGUGGACGUGCUAAAACGGAGUUUGAUGGCACGGUGGCGCGAACCCAACCUGACCAUUCACCGAUAUAACGUAUCGGGACCUGAUGGCAGCCUCAUCAGUAGCCACGCCACUGCCAAUGUGAGCAUCAGGCUCGUGCCGGGCCAGGAGGUCGAAGAGGUCAUCAAAUCGCUCAAAGACUUUUUGCGGACCGAGUUUGCCACCUUCGAGAGUGACAACAACCUCACAGUGCGGAUCGAUAACAAGGCAGAGCCGUGGCUCGGGGUUCCCGGCAACUACAUCUUCCGGACACUGGAGGAAGCCGUGAUGCGGGCGUGGGGGCCCGCGGCGGGCGACGAGUCGGGAGCGGUGGCACUGCCCAAGAACGCGACUAGCGAUGAGACGGCGUCCAAGAGCCGUAAGCCCCUGUACAUUCGCGAGGGUGGGUCUAUUCCCCCAAUUCGGUUCCUGGAGAAGGAGUUCAAUGCCCCCGCUGCCCACCUGCCCUGCGGUCAGGCCAGCGACUCCGCGCAUCUGCACAACGAGCGCCUGAGAGUGGAGAAUUUGCUCAAGAGCAGGGAGAUUUUCAGCACCGUCUUCCGAAAGCUGUAA